CGCCCCCACAGAAACCCCGCCACUUCUCUGUCGCCCAGCUCAUCGGUUAGCGUCAGGAUGGCCCACCCUUCCACAUCCCACCACAGUGACCGACACCGGUCGCGCGAGCGCUCCUCGCACUCCCACCACCACCAUCGCACCAUCUCGUCGACGACUCUCCUCCUCGUCCUCUCUCUCAUCCUUGCGGUCCUGGCCGUCAUGCUCUCUUUGCCGGGCGGCAGCUCACCACUCACUGGUGGUGGCGCUACCGGCGAAGAAAAGCAAACGACCAGCGUCCUGAGCUACCUCAACCCGAAGCGUGCUCAGCAGCUCAUCGCCCGCGAGCACACUGUCGCUCAGCGUGAGGCAGAGGUUGCCCGCCGCGAGGCGGAGCUCCUCGUCGGUGCCCCCGGUGGUGUUGUUCCUCAGGCCUGCGCACCUUGCGUGCCGACGACCGUGUACGAGACCGUUCCCCUCCCGGCGCAGACCGUGGUCAAGGAGGUCAUCAAAGAGGACUCGCUCACCCCACCUGGCUGGCAUAGCCCGCGCAUCGACGACAUCAUCGACCGUGAACUCAAGGUCGCCGAGCGCGAGAGGGACAUUUCCAAGCGUGAGGAGGUUGUCAACCGUCGGGAACACGAUGCUUCCCGUCGCGAGAGCUGGAUCACAGAGCAACUCAUUCGUCUCGGGAACGCUGGCGAGCCCGCGGAGACCGUCGAGGAAGAGUACUUCUAUGAGCCGCAGGGCAAGCGGAGACCCAAGAUUAUCCAGCAGCAGGUUCAACAUGAACUUCCACCACCAGUCGUCGUAUCGGAGACCGAGAUUCAGUAUCAGACCGUAACCGCCACCGCCACCCAGACCGUCACUCUUCCGCCGCCCGCUGGCACCCGCAAAGUCGCCUUCCCCGCCCCCGAAUCACCGGUGCAAAUGCAGACCGGUUCUGCACCCAAGACCACCAGUGUCGACAUCAUCCACGAGGAGUACACACAUCAUCCCGAGGACGAAGUCAUCGAGGAGGAGGAGGAGUACUAUGCUGCCGUUCCCCCUACCCGCGGACGCGCACCACCCUCGCGCCCUCCCCAGCGCUGGUGGGGCGAGUAAGCGGCGGCUGUGGCUUGCCAAUGUUAUGAUUAUGAUCCUGAAUCCGCGGUCGUUGUACUUUUUACUUACUUUCUUUUCUACCCCCUCUCGCUCAGCUAGCCUGUGCGACGCAUUGCCCGGGUGUGUGGAGGACGGCGCGUUCAUUCAUUCCUUACGACGUGUUCGUUCCUUGUGCAUGCUUCGUCGCCUCCGCCCCGCCCACUGCAGUGUUUUGCCCUUACUUUCUCUUACUCUACACCCGAUACUUACGACUGAAUCGUGGAAGGACUCCCUUGUUGGCAUCGUUGACCCCGCACGCGCUAACCCCUCCCCCUUGCUGCUUGACGAACGCUUACGAUAUAUCUAUACUCUUCGGUUGGCCUCCUUAGGUACUGGACAUGUACUUGCUAGAAAUAUGAUCGCGGUUCUCGGAA